AGGGUGGCGACGGGACCGCGGCCGGCGGUGAUGAAGGCGCUGCGGGGCGGCGCGCCCGUGUGGGGUUUGGCCUUCUUGCUGUGCCAGCUGGGCCCGGCGGCGCAGGCGGUGGAGCCCAUCAGCCUGGGCCUGGCGCUGGCCGGGGCCGCCGCCUCGGCCCUGACAGGCUUCAUCUCCUACCCGAGGCUUUACUGUUAUUUCACCGAGUGCUGCCUGCAGAGGCCGGGGGCGCGCGCCGGGGCAGUGCUUGAGCAGGAGUUGGACAAAAGGCUGUUUGGUCAACAUCUGGUGAAAAAGGUGGUUGUGAAAGCUGUCACUGGCUUUUUGAACAAUGCAAAUCCGAAGAAGCCUCUGACCCUCUCUUUGCACGGUUGGACGGGCACAGGCAAGAACUUGGUCAGCAAAAUAAUUGCUGAGAGCAUCUACGAAGGAGGCCUCAGCAGCAAAUAUGUCCAUCACUUUGUGUCCACUUUGCAUUUUCCUCAUCGGCAGAACAUCACCCAGUACAAGGACCAGUUGCAAAUGUGGGUUCGGGGCAACGUGAGCGCCUGCGCAAGAUCAGUCUUCAUAUUUGAUGAGAUGGAUAAAAUGCACGCCGGACUCAUUGACUCCAUCAAACCUUUCCUGGACUAUUAUGAGCAGCUGGAUGGCGUGUCUUAUAGGAAAGCCAUUUUCAUCUUCCUCAGCAAUGCAGGAGCUGAAAAAAUAACUGAAGUGGCACUGGACUUUUGGAGGAGCGGAAAGAGAAGGGAGGACCUGGAGCUGCAAGAUCUGGAGUCUUCAGUGUCUGUGUCUGUUUUCAAUAACAAAAACAGUGGCUUUUGGCACAGCAGCCUGAUCGACAGAAACCUCAUUGAUUACUUCAUCCCCUUUCUUCCCCUGGAGUACAAGCACGUGAAAAUGUGUGUCAGGGUUGAACUCGAGUCCCGGGGCAAUUACGUGGAUGAGGAAAUUGUGACCCAAGUAGCAGAUGAGAUGACUUACUUCCCAAAGGAGGAGAGGAUCUAUUCUGACAAAGGAUGCAAAACUGUGUACACGAAGCUGGAUUUUUACUUGUGACAUUUUUAUGAUUUCAUCCUCAAUGAAGAAAAUGAGCUCAAUCACAGAAUAUGAAGGAUUUUCCCCCAUUUUGAAAAAAAGGGUUUAAAAUAAUGUAAAUAUACAAUAACAUUUGCUCUUACUUAAAGCAGGGGGAGAUUGUGACUUUAAUUCCAAAAUAACCUCAGCCUUGUGGCCUCCAGUUAAGAACUAUCUGUGUCAACUCAUUCCUGAAUAUUGUCUCGACAGUGCCUAUAUACUGUGAAGCUGCUUGAACUGUUGGUUUAGUAGAGAUGCCCUUGGUGUAUGAGGCUUGUGCCUGAACCUCGUCCUGGUUAGGUCUCCAGUUGAUAAUCCAGAAGCAGCAUUCUGUACAGGUGACUUAAAGCAAGCAUUGUGUGGUUCUUCUCAAGAAGUGAAGGGGAUGUUCUCAAACUUACUAGAUCUGUGGGGUGUUUUUAUAUGAAAGCAAACUCUUGGAUACUUCAGGCCAAGAUUGGAACCGUAACCAUCAGCAGUAAUGGAAGAGCAGAUUUCAGUUGCUGGAGGAAGCUGGAUUUUGUCAAACCACCCACUGUGAGACCUUUACUAGCUGAGGGGUUUUUUUUCUUUCCAUUAGUAUGCAGUAUGCAUAGUACUGGCAAUCUGUUGUCCUUCCUCCAGUGUACGGCCCUGGGAAAUGGUUAGAUGCUUCCUAGGAUACAGCCUUGCUUAGUGUAACAGGGAUAUGUAACCAGUAUUCUCACUCGAAGUGGGAUGACACUCCCAGAAUCCUUUGCUGUGCACAAUGUGUCUUUGCGUGAAGGGGUGUCUUACCGAAAUAAAGUUCCUGAAGGUAGAAAGUGUAAAACCACUUUGAAUAGCAAAAUUCCCACCCAAGCUAUUGGUCUCUGCUAGCUCAAGCACAGAUAGUGGAGAACUUUCCUUAAUAAUUAAAGGAGGUUAAUAAGACAGCAGUCUAAGCUAUCUCUUGCUAUGGCUGGUUCUUGCAUUUUCCACUCAAGAAAAACGGGCGUGGGUGGAUGGGUGGGUGAUUUUUAAGCAACCCUGGGAGGAUUUACACCACUUUUUAAGUUGGUGGUGAAAGUCUUUUGGGGAGCUACCCCAGGCGCCAAAACCACGUGGGAUUUUUUCAUAAGGUUGCAUGGCUUACGGGCCUCCCCCCCCCCCGGGGGAGGGACCAGUAAAAAAGAAAUCCUCCUGCUGAGGACAAGUGUUUCAGGUGCUGCUUUGCUGAAGAUACUAUGUGAUAUUACAUGUCAGUCACUUUGUCGUCUUCCAGAAAGCUCUCUGGAUGAGUUCAUUUCCAAGUUACUUCUGCUUUCCAAAAGCUGUUUAAACUGCCAUUUCUUCAAAUAGGCUGGCUUAAGGUGGGAUUGUGCAUAUGUCCAGCAGCUCUUGCUGAAAGUCCCAUUGUGCAGGUUUCUGAGAACAGCCUGAGGCUGGUCUUUGGUUUUCUCCGAAGUACCCCUGGGCAGUGGGAUGGCUGCCUGGAGGAGAUCAGGCCUUUCUCCUUACUGUUUUUCAGGUAAGGUGCAAGGCAGAAUUCUGAUGGGCUGUUAGUGGAGGUGAUCAGAGAUUACUGGGCUUUUUAUCUUGUUUGUCUGUGCAAAAAUGUAAUUAUGUAUGAUUUUAUCUUAGUGAAUGUUGCGAGCUGCCAUACGGUCGCUGCCAUAAGCAGCAGGCUGCGUUGUUCUCUGUUCUCCCUCCAAUAACGGGUUCAGCUGACCCUGCGACCUGUGUCACCGUGCAGGAGCCGCUGCUGGCAAAGAUUAGAAAAGGCACAUCAAGUGACAUCAGGCCAUGGAGCUAGUUGAGCUGGAUAAGCAGGGCUGCCUCAGAGUCACCCCAAACCAGUCUCCUCCUGGUCUGCUCCACAAAGGUCCAAGGCCGGAUGUAGGCAGAGUGCCUCUGCAGGAUGUGCUCAGAGGCCACACACGAUUGGCCACGGAGAUAAGCUUCAGAAAACAGAUAGUGGGAACUUCAGUUGGGGUGAGAAUGCACUACUAGGAGUGUGAGAGUCAGACUGCAACAUCUCCCCUGUUGAAACCUUGUGGUAGGGAGAAACAGCAGGCGAAAAAGGGUGCCCCCUUUCAUCAUCCAAGGCCUAAAUCACAUAUGGGAGGCAGUUUCAAGAGCAGAAAUAGCUCAAGGGACUGAUUCUCCCCCCGCCCCUUUGCCACACAGUGCUAUGGGUUUGAUUGUAAGUUGAAAUACACAGCAGGAUCUGCUCAGGGAAACUUGUGUCUAUAUGGGAUGGAGAAAUUAAAUACCCUCUUUGCAGACUGCAGCUCUUGUCUGCACCAUCGUGAAAAAUGAUCUUGGUGCCAGUUUUUGUUUCAUUUGCUACUCACGGUAUUUUAUAAAUCUCUGAAUAAAUGUGGUCCAAAUGUC